UUUUACAGGCCAGUUGGAAUGCCAAAAAUGGAAAAAGUCUACUUACAUAAUCCUAGUUCCGAAGAAACUAUUACUCUAAUAUCAAUAUCUGCUACAACAUCACAUUUUCAUGCAUCAUUUUUUCAAAACAGGAAAAUUCUUCCAGGAGGAAAUACAUCAUUUGAUGUAGUUUUUCUUGCAAGAGUAGUAGGAAAUGUAGAAAAUACUUUAUUUAUUAACACAUCGAAUCAUGGGGUAUUUACUUACCAGGUGUUUGGUGUUGGAGUCCCAAAUCCAUAUCGAUUGAGGCCAUUCCUUGGGGCCAGAGUCCCUGUGAAUAGCAGUUUCUCUCCUAUAAUAAACAUACACAAUCCUCACAGUGAACCUUUACAGGUUGUAGAAAUGUACUCUAGUGGAGGAGAUCUUCACCUAGAACUUCCAACGGGUCAACAAGGAGGUACCAGAAAACUGUGGGAAAUUCCUCCUUAUGAAACCAAGGGAGUGAUGAGAGCCAGUUUUUCAUCUAGAGAAGCAGAUAAUCACACAGCCUUCAUAAGAAUCAAGACUAACGCUUCAGAUAGCACAGAGUUUAUCAUUCUUCCUGUUGAGGUUGAAGUCACAACAGCUCCCGGAAUUUAUUCUUCAACUGAAAUGUUAGAUUUCGGUACACUACGAACACAAGAUCUACCAAAAGUUUUAAAUCUUCAUUUAUUAAAUUCAGGAACAAAAGAUGUACCAAUAACAAGUGUUCGGCCUACACCACAAAAUGAUGCUAUAACGAUACACUUUAAACCAAUUACAUUAAAAGCGUCAGAAAGUAAAUACACCAAGGUUGCAAGUAUUAGUUUUGAUGCAUCAAAGGCAAAAAAGCCGUCUCAGUUUUCUGGGAAAAUAACUGUUAAAGCAAAGGAAAAGACUUAUUCUAAACUUGAAAUACCAUAUCAAGCAGAAGUUUUAGAUGGUUAUUUGGGAUUUGAUCACGCUGCAACAUUAUUUCACAUCCGAGACAGUCCUGCUGAUCCUGUGGAAAGGCCAAUUUACCUUACUAACACUUUCAGUUUUGCGACCCUCAUUCACGAUGUGCUGCUACCAGAAGAAGCCAAAACAAUGUUUAAAGUCCACAACUUCAGCAAACCAGUCUUAAUUCUUCCUAAUGAAUCAGGGUACAUUUUUACCCUGUUUUUUAUGCCUUCCACAUCAUCCAUACACAUAGAUAACAACAUUUUACUCAUUACCAAUGCUUCUAAAUUUCAUUUACCUGUGCGAGUAUAUACAGGCUUUUUAGAUUACUUUGUGCUGCCCCCCAAAAUAGAAGAACGUUUCAUAGAUUUUGGAGUUCUGAGUGCUACAGAAGCGAGUAAUAUUUUAUUUGCAAUUAUAAACAGCAAUCCAAUUGAGUUGGCUGUAAAAAGUUGGCAUAUCAUAGGAGAUGGUUUAUCAAUAGAACUUGUAGCUAUGGAAAAAGGUAAUAGAACUACAAUGAUUUCAAGCCUUCCAGAGUUCGAAAAAUCCUCUUUAUCAGACCAAUCAUCAGUAAUAUUAGCUUCAGGCUAUUUUGCAGUGUUCAGAGUUAAACUUACUGCAAAAAAACUAGAAGGGAUUCAUGAUGGAGCCAUACAGAUCACAACAGACUAUGAGAUCCUAACAAUUCCUGUGAAGGCUGUGAUCGCCGUGGGUUCAUUGACCUGCUUUCCUAAGCAUAUGGUUCUUCCACCUUCCUUUCCAGGGAAAAUAGUUCAUCAAAGUUUAAAUAUUAUGAAUUCCUUCUCACAGAAGGUAAAGAUACAACAAAUACGAUCUUUGUCAGAAGAUGUGCGAUUUUAUUAUAAAAGAUUACGAGGUAAUAAGGAAGACCUGGAGCCAGGAAAAAAAUCAAAGAUUGCAAAUAUUUAUUUUGAUCCUGGACUGCAGUGUGGGGAUCAUUGCUAUGUUGGCUUGCCUUUUCUAUCCAAAUCUGAACCCAAAGUGCAGCCUGGUGUAGCCAUGCAGGAAGAUAUAUGGGAUGCUGACUGGGAGUUGCAUCAAAGCCUGUUCAAAGGAUGGAUGGGAAUAAAGGAAAAUUCGGGUCAUAAAUUGAGUGCUGUAUUUGAAGUAAAUACAGAUCUUCAAAAAAGUAUAAUGUCAAAAAUCACUGCCGAGCUCUCCUGGCCUUCCAUACUUAGCUCACCCCGGCACUUGAAAUUUCCGCUUACGAAUACAAAUUGUUCUUCAGAAGAAGAGAUUACUUUAGAAAAUCCUGCAGAUGUUCCUGUCUAUAUUCAGUUUAUUCCUCUGGCUUUAUAUUCCAACCCUUCAGUCUUUGUAGAUAAGUUAGUAUCAAGGUUUAACUUGAGUAAGGUGGCAAAGAUAGAUUUAAGAACACUAGAAUUCCAAGUCUACAGAAACAGUGCUCAUCCACUACAGAGUUCUACAGGAUUUAUAGAGGGCCUCUCUCGACAUUUAAUUUUAAACCUAAUUUUAAAACCUGGAGAAAAGAAAUCUGUCAAAGUAAAGUUUACUCCAGUUCACAACAGAACUGUUUCUUCACUAAUCAUAGUCAGAAAUAACCUGACUGUGAUGGAUGCUGUGAUGGUCCAAGGACAAGGAACAACUGAGAACUUAAGAGUGGCAGGCAAGCUUCCAGGUCCAGGAAGUUCCUUACGCUUUAAAAUCACAGAAGCAUUGUUAAAAGAUUGUACAGAUAGUUUAAAACUAAGGGAACCAAAUUUCACACUGAAAAGAACAUUUAAAAUAGAAAAUACAGGACAACUUCAAAUCCAUAUAGAAACCAUUGAAAUCAGUGGAUACUCAUGUGAGGGUUAUGGCUUUAAAGUUGUUAAUUGUCAAGCAUUCACAUUAAGUGCCAAUGCCUCUAGAGACAUAAUUAUAUUGUUUACUCCUGAUUUUACAGCUUCUAGAGUUAUUCGAGAACUGAAGUUUGUAACAGCCAGUGGCUCUGAAUUUGUAUUUAUAUUGAAUGCAUCCCUUCCAUACCAUAUGUUAGCAACCUGUGCAGAAGCCCUGCCCAGACCCAACUGGGAACUGGCUCUGUACAUCAUCAUCUCAGGAAUAAUGAGUGCACUGUUUCUUUUGGUUAUUGGAACAGCCUAUUUGGAAGCUCAAGGAAUAUGGGAGCCAUUUCGAAGGCGACUAUCCUUUGAGGCCUCGAAUCCACCCUUUGAUGUGGGAAGGCCAUUUGAUCUCAGGAGAAUCGUUGGUAUUUCGUCUGAAGGAAACUUGAACACACUCAGCUGUGACCCCAGUCACAGUAGGGGGUUCUGUGGAGCAGGCGGCUCCUCAUCCCGACCCAGUGCCGGGAGUCAUAAGCAGUGUGGCCCAUCAGUCCACCCGCACAGCAAUCACAGCAAUAGAAACUCAGCUGACGUGGAAAACGUCAGAGCCAAAAACAGUUCCAGUACUUCUAGCAGGACUUCUACACAAGCAGCUUCUUCACAGUCUGCUAGCAAAACAAGCCCCUUUGUCUUAGAUUCAAACUCAGUGACCCAGGGUCAUGCAGCGGGCAGGAAGUCCAAAGGGGCAAAACAGAACCAGCACAGCAGCCAGCACCAUGCCCACAGCCCUCUGGAGCAGCACUUGCAACCUCCACCACCACCAUCAGUGCCUCAGCACCGGGAGCCACCGCCCGAAAGGCUGUCUCCCGCCCCCCUCACUCACCCUUCAGAUGCAGAACGUGCCAGCAGCACAAGGCACAGCUCAGAGGACUCAGACAUCACCAGUCUCAUAGAAGCCAUGGACAAAGACUUCGACCACCAUGACUCCCCACCCCUAGAAGUGUUUACAGAGCAACCUCCAUCGCCACUGUCAAAAAGCAAAGGGAAAGGAAAACCUCUUCAACGCAAGGUGAAACCACCUAAGAAACAAGAGGAAAAGGAAAAGAAGGGAAAGGGAAAGCCACAGGAAGACGAGCUGAAAGACUCUUUGGCUGACGAUGACAGCUCCUCCACCACCACAGAGACCUCCAAUCCUGACACAGAACCACUCCUCAAGGAGGAUACAGAAAAGCAAAAGGGAAAACAAGCCAUGCCUGAAAAACAUGAAAAUGAAAUGUCUCAAGUGAAGCAAAAAAACAAAAAACUCUUAAAUGUUAAGAAAGAAAUCCCAGCAGAUGUGAAACCCAG